ACACUGCACAUUUCUGCAAUCCUGGAUGAGGAACCAGAGAUGGAUGAGCACUUUGUUGUCACCCUGUUCAAUCCAACUGGAGGAGCCAGACUAGGGACAAGAGUGCAAACGAUGAUUACAGUAUUACAGAAUCAGGCUCCACUCGGGCUUUUCAGCAUCUACCCAGUUACAAAUAGGACAAAUUUCCUCACAGUUGAAGAAGCCAAUACUACAGUUUAUUUGAAAGUUUUGCGGAGCAAUGGGCUCAACGUGUCUGUGAGUGUGGAGUGGGAGACGUUGUCGGAUACUGCAUUUGGCAUCAGGGGUAGUAUCAGUGUCCUGUCUGUCUUGCAAAGUUUUAUGGAAGAGGCAGCAUCUAGCUGGUGUUUCUUUACCUCUGGAGAAAUCCUGUAUGGUGUCCUGCUGCGUAUGCCUCCAGCUACGUUUUCUACUAUCUACCAAUGGAAAGGAGUUUUUGUUCCUGUCGAGAAUUUCAGUAUGUGGAAUCCUAAGAGCUGCGUGCCUUUCCAAAUCCAUGCCUCUCCCUACCUUGUGGUUACUCACGGAGGAGACAGGCAGGGAUCUUCCAACAACAGUGUGUAUGUGUUCAUGCCUGGACCCAGGCUGUUGAAGAUACAGACUGUCUCUAUUUUGGAUACCAGACAUGUGGAACAUUUUGCUGUAGAUGAAGAAGACUAUUUGAUUUUUGUGAGUCACUCGACCGGUUCCAGUUCCAUCCAGGUUUUCCAGUGGAAUAAUGAUGUAUUUGUGCUGCAUCAUCAACUUCCACUUUACAGAGCUCUGAACAUAGCCUUGUUUCCUAGAGGAGGCAUCAUGUACCUGCUAGUUUCUUUGUCAAAUACCAGCCAGAACAUGCUCUUGUACCACUGGGUGAAUAAUGAGUUUAGGAAUCUUCAUCAGUUACCAGCAAAAGAAAUAAAACAUAUGGAGGCCUGGAUUUCUGGAUCUGAUAUCUAUUUAAUUACUGCAAAAGAAUUUGGAAAUUCUUCUGAAAUUUUCAUCUGGGAGACAGGGCAGUCUACCUUUAGGCACUUUCAGUCUCUUCCAGUCUGCGCCAUAAGAAACGUCCAUGUUUUCAUGCCUCCUUCAGGUUUAGUUCACAUUCUCCUGUCUGGUAAGGACACAACAACGCUGUAUUCUUGGAACUCGGAAGGGAACCAGUUCUCUGUGAUGCUGCAAGCCCCAUAUGCAGAUCAUAUCACUUCAGCUACUGCAACGUCUCUGAACUCCAGCAAGAGCUUGAUCGCUCUGUCCCAAGAGUCCAACUCCCAGAUUUAUGAGCUGACCACUGUCUCAAACCAGUCAGAUUUUAUACCUAGUUCAGGUGAACUGAUAUUUGACCCUGGGGUCAUGGAAGCUGUGGUAGCAGUCAAUAUCCUGGAUGACGUCAUCCCAGAGGAGGAAGAAUGCUUCAAAGUGUGGUUGAAAAACCCUAAGGGAGGUGCAGAGAUUGGUGUUCAUGGUUUUGUUAACAUAAUUAUUCCUUCCAAUGACAAUGCCUACGGAAUCAUUGCAUUUGCUCAGAGUUCUUUAUUUAAGCAAGUUGAAGAAAUGGAACAGGACAGCUUAAUCACCUUGAAUAUUGAACGUUUAAUAGGAACAUAUGGACGAGUUACAGUAGAGUGGAUCGCUAAUGGGAGCAUAAGUGAUGUAUUUCCAGCUUCAGGAAUGAUUACAUUUUCAGAAGGUCAAGCCCUGUCCACGAUCACCCUGACAAUUCUUGCGGAUGGUGUUGCAGAGCUUUCAGAGACCGUGGAAAUCACACUCGCUCGUGUUACCACUGUGGGUGUGCAGGAUGCUGCAAAAGGAGCCGUCAUUGACCCCAAAAGGGCAAGGGCUAUACUCACCAUUUUACCCAGUGACUCUCCACACGGUGUGAUAGGGUGGCAUAUGGAGUCUCUCUUUGUUAAAGCCACAGAGCCAGAAGGGCAACUGAAUUCAACUACUCUCACUUUACAAAUUAUUCGAGAACAAGGGUUUGUUGGAGAGAUUGCAGUUCAGCUGAGCACUGCGCCCAACUUCGAACUCGCCCUCUCCAACCAGGCAACAGAGAAUGAGGAUUAUAUACUUGAAAAGAAGACAGUCAUUAUGGCGGAGAACACAACAAUGACUUCUGUUGUAGUCACUAUUUUGCCUGAUGAUGUUCCUGAAUUACAGGAAGGAUUUAUAAUUAAUAUUACUGUUGUGCAACUGGUUGAUUCUCCCACUGGAAGUCAGCCAAGUGUGAAGAGGCUCGGGUUGGAAAUAGCUGAAAUAACAAUCGAAGAAAAUGAUGAUGCCAGAGGAAUAUUUGGUUUCAAUGUUACAAGAGAUAUAACUGGAGCUGUUGCUGGUUAUGAGGUACCACCACCACAGAAUGUAUUGAAACUUCCAGUUGUUCGACAGGCGGGGAGGUUUGGGUCAGCAACUCUGUAUUGGGAAGCCAUUCAUUCAACGGCCAGCUUUGAAGAUUUCACACCAUCAUUUGGAAACCUUACAUUUGCAGAUGGGCAGGCUACAGGAGAAAUAGAAAUUACAAUCGUAGAUGACAGUGAAGUUGAAUUCCUUGAGAUAUUCAAGAUUUCCCUGGUGAGGGUCACAGGUGGUGCAAGACUAGGGGAUGACACUCUGGUAACUGUCACUAUUCCGCCAAAUGAUUCCCCUGUUGGAGUAUUUGGGUUAGAGGAAAAGAACGUAACAGUGAGGGAACCUCAGACACCUGAUGACCCUGCUGCAGUGGUAUUGCUCACUGUAAGUCGAAGUCAAGGAGGACGAGGAGCAGUUAAAGUGCUGUGGAUUCUCGAGGAAGCAGCCAGAUAUGAUCUGUCCCCUCUGAAUGGUACCCUUCACUUCAAUGAGACUGAAUCACAGAAGGUGAUUGUUUUACAUGUGGUUCAAGAUGAUCAGCUGGAGGGGAAUGAAACAUUUGCCAUUCAGCUACUCUCUACGGGUGAUGCAGAGAUAUCCCCUGUAAAUGGCGUUGCAACCAUCAUUAUUGUGGGUGAUGAAGGAGCUUCUGGGGUGGUUGGGAUAGCCCAUUCAUCCAAGCAUGUUCUGAUUGGAGAACCUUCAGGAAAUUAUAAUGGAACUGCCCUCAUUAGCCUGACACGUGGCCCGGGGAUUUUUGGUGAGAUAGUAAUAUAUUGGAAUAUAACACCUCCUCAUCACACAGAAUUUAUUGAGACAUCGGGGAUCUUGACAAUGCGAGACAGACAGUCUGCAGCAGUUGUUCUAAUACAGGCUGUGGAUGACAACCGUCCUGAGGAGAAGCAUUACUACCAGUUUCAACUAACUGGAAUCAGUUAUGGAGGACUCAUAAAUGAAUCUAGCAGCACAGCAAAUAUUACCAUGGCCUCCAGUGAUUUUCCGUAUGGAAAGUUUACAUUUUCACAGGAACUGUUACAAACAACAGAAGAAGAAAAAUGGGUUAACAUCACUAUUGUGCGUUCCAGGGGAUCCUAUGGCGAAGUUCGUCUUUGCUUUCAGAUAAUAAAUGGGACUGCAGAGGAGGGAGCUGAUUUCACUCCUGCAGUGAGGGAAUUGUUGUUUGAACCACAUGAGGAGAGUAGAACAAUUUUGGUUGAAAUUCAUGAUGAUGACUUUCCUGAAGGUCCUGAAGACUUUUCAGUGAUGAUUACCGAGGUGGAACUCCAGGGAAGUGGAUUUGAUUUUACUGUAAAGGAAAAUGGUCUACAGAUAGAUCAACCUCCAGUAAUAGGAAAUAUCUCCACAGUACGAAUCACUAUAGCAAAAAGUGAUAAUGCAGAAGGCAUCAUAGAAUUUGAUCCACAGUAUAUCCUCCUACAGGUGGAAGAGGAUGCUGGAUUAAUCAUGAUUCCUGUUGUGAGAAGGCGUGGAACUUAUGGCUAUGUGACAGCUGAUUUUCUUUCUCGAAGUAUUUCUGCACUUCCCAAUGGUGUUGACUAUGUUCUCCAUAAUGAUUCCAUAAUUUUUGAUCAUGGCCAGAACAAGACUUUUAUUUAUGUUUCUAUUAUAGAUGACGAAGAGAGUGAAUUUGCAGAGCAGUUUGAAAUCCAGCUGACAGGAGCCACUGGUGGGGCCAUCCUCGGGCUCCACUUAGUGAGCCAGGUCACUAUUGCUAAAAGUGACUCCCCCCAGGGUAUCGUGAGGUUUCUCAACCAAAGUCGAAUUAUUCUUCCCAACCCCGACACCCUCAUGGCAGUUUCCCUGGUGCUGGAAAGGACUGGAAGAUUGAUAGGGGAGACAGAGAUUAAUUGGGACGUCUUGGGGCCCAAUUCAGAAGAAGUUUUAUCUCCCCUGAAUAGUGACAUUGGUGACCCUGUGAGUGGAUCAUUUUACUUUGGAGAAGGAGAAGGGGGUCUGAGAGCUAUUGAUCUACGCAUCUAUCCUCAUGAAGAAGUUGAAGUUCAGGAGAUCUUCAUUAUUAGACUGAGCCUUAAGAAAGGUGAAACAGAAAUAGAUCCUAAGGCAAACAACAUUACACUAAUGAUACAGAAGUUUGGUGAUCCCAACGGAAUUGUACAGUUUGCUCCUGAAUCAUUAACUCAGAACAAUUAUACAGAACCUUCAGCAGUGGAAGGGCCACAAAAUAUUACUCUGUUUGUCAGACGAAUUCAAGGCACUCUGGGAAAUAUAACGGUUUACUGGGAAAUAAGUAGCGAGUUUGACAUCAUGGGUGACUUUCUUAGGACAGAGGGAUCUGUCAUCAUUGCUGACCAGCAGAGCAGAGCUGAGAUAAUUAUCUACCUCUUACCUGAUGAUGUCCCAGAAUUGGAUGAAAACUAUGUGGUGCAGCUGAUUUCUGUAGAAGGUGGAGCAGAUUUAGACCAAGAGAAGAGAAUUUCAAAGAUCACCGUGUUUGCAAAUGAUGAUCCUCACGGAGUGUUCGCCCUCUACUCUGAUGAGCAGUCCCUCUUCAUAGAGAGAAACCUGGAUCGGUGUGUUCAGAUCAAUGUAACUCGGCAUGCUGGGGCCUUUGGAGACGUGAUCGUUGAGUACCAUAUCUCAUCUCAUUAUGAAGAAGUGCUAAUUGAGCCAGAGAACGAGGUGGGACACCUCACAGUAAAAGAUGGUGCCAGCUUUGGAGUGAAAAGCGUGCCAAUAAGCAACCAGGCAUUUAUUUUACUGGGCUUGAAUUUUACUCUGGAACUGAUUAACGUAAGCCUGGUUGGUGGAAGUGCCAAGGAUGUGCCUAAAAUAUUGGGAAAAGCACAGUCAGCUGUUCUGCUUGUUCCUGAAGAAGCUGCCAAUUCACAGGUUGGAUUCGAAUCUGUGAUUUUACGACUUACAAACAUUGUAGCAGGGACAGGCCAGGCUGUCAUAACCAGAAAAGGAAUUUAUGGCUCGGUAGUAGUUAGCUGGGUUUCAGGAUACCCACCCGACCUAAUGACUGGCUUUGCUCAGCCAGGCAAUAUUACUCCUCCAUUUGGUACUGUUGUGUUUUCCUCUGGUGAGCAAAGUAAAGUAAUUUCAUUUCAGGCUACUCAAAGCCUAAGUAGACAUGAGUUGUUUGCCAUCACUUUAGCAUCAGUGCACAGCAAUGUCUCUGGUGGGGCUCGCCUGAGACCAGGAUUUACGAUAGCUGAAAUUGAGCCAAUGGGGAUCUUCCAAUUUGAUGUCAAUUCAAGAUCUGUUUCAGUUGAAGAAGAUGUUCAGGUAGUCACACUACACAUCCAAAGAUUGUUUGGUUUUCGAAGUAAUCUCACUAAACUGAUUUAUCAGACUAUUCCAGGAAGUGCCAAACCAUUGGAGGACUUUAUACCUGUCUACAAUGGAGAACUUAUGUUUUUGCAUUUUCAGACAAAUGCUGUGAUAGAAAUAUCAAUAAUUGAUGACACUGUGUCUGAAAUAGAGGAAUUUUUUUUUGUAAAUUUGACUGCUGUGGAAGUUUUGGAUGCUCAGCCUGUGAAUCCUGCCUGGAGUCCACGUCUGAAUCCAGCUUUCAGUGUUGCAACAGUUAAUAUCCUGGCUAAUGAUAUUCUUCAUGGAAUACUAAGUUUGGGGCCAGAGCUUAUCUAUGUUGAAGAAGAUGCAAACAACAGUACCCCCAAUACAGUGAUACUUCAUAUCAGAAGGACCAAGGGUUUUACUGGUAAUAUUGAAGUAACUGUUAAAACCUUUGGAGGAGUGAGUGCACAAAGUGGAGUAGAUUCAUAUCCCUUCAAAAAUAUUGAUGGAAAACCAAACUUCACAUGGGCAGUGGAAGGAGAAGACUUUGAGGAACAGCUAAUCUCUCUGACUUUGCUGGAUGGAGAAAGAGAAAGCAAGGUGUCCAUAAAAAUUUUUGAUGAUGAUGAGCCUGAAGGACAAGAAUUGUUUUACGUUUUCCUCUCAGAUCCUGAAUAUGGAGCGCAGAUUGUGGAAGGGAAGGAUGAAUAUGGAUUUGCUGCCUUUGCAACAGUAAUUAUUGCAGGAAGUGAUCUCCAGAAUGGCAUUUUGGGAUUCAUUCCAGAAGUGCAAAGAGGUCUUGUACUUGAUGAAGACUCAGAAAACAGAGAGGUGCUGCUGAUGGUCACAAGGCAACCAAACAGGGCUUUUGAAGAUGUGAAGAUCUUUUGGCGUGUGACCUUUAAUGAAACAGCUGUUGUUCUUCUGAAGGAUGGCACAAACUUGGAGAACGAACUUGUAUCUGUGCUGGGAGCUACAACCUGCAUGGCAGGUCAAACAAUAUGCAACAUCUCCAUUGAAAUAAAACCUGAUAAUGUACCUGAAUUUGAAACAUAUUUUUUUGUCGAGCUGUAUGCUGUAAGCACAGGAGCCGCAUUGAACAGCAGUGCCAGAUUUGCUAUUUUAACAGUCCUUGAAAGUGAUGCUCCUUGUGGUUUAGUAUAUUUCGCCGUGGGGUCUCGCUUUGCUGUGGCUCAUAAGAAGACAACAUUAGUCAGUCUGCAAGUGCUUAGAGAUUCUAGUACUUCGAUAACUACAAUGGUUAGCUAUAGCAUGCAGGAACUACAAAAACCUGAACCUAUUGGUCGGACCUUCAUAUCUCCCGCUGUGCCAGGACAAGAUUUUUCCAGAUCUGAAGGUUUACUGACUUUUGAACCUGGACAGAGAAAUAUAGUUCUGGACGUGACCCUUACUCCAAAGACGGCAUCUUUAAACCCGUUUCCUAAACGUUUCCAGGUUGUACUUUCUAAUCCCAGAGAUGGUGCCAGGGUGGAUGAUAUGUAUGGCAUUGCUAAUGUCACCAUUCUCUCAGAUUUGGACUCUCUGCCAUUUUGGGGGUUGAUUGACCAACUGCAUCAGCCUCUUAAUGAUGCCAUUUUACACAGAGUCCUCCAGAAUCUGAAUGUCAAAGUGGCUACAGAAACUACAGAGGAGCAGCUUACUGCUGUGAUGCAUAUAAUAGACAAGGUUGCAGAUGUAGGUGAGAAACAGUUACUCACUGAUAGAAGUAGAAGCCUUUUCUAUGAGAUACUCUGUGUGCUAGCUAGCCCAAAACGUGAGGACACACGGGGAUAUAGCCUGCUUGCUGAGGUGACUGAGAAGUUUGCUUUUUCCCUGUCGACUGGAAUAAUGUGUGGAUCACCAGGAGAAAGAGGUAAAAAUAUCCUUGACAGCUGCCCCUACCUUGCAAUAAUGGCUCACAACUGGUUUCCUCAGCAAAUCAAUGGACACAGAUUUGAUGGAAAAGAUGGGGACUCUAUUCAAGUACCUGAACAUUUACUAGAGGUCUCUGUUGUACUGCCACCUCCUCAAGAAAGGAACUGUGAAUCUGUACAGUUCACAGAAUACAGAAGUCAGCAGUGGUUCCUUACUGGAGAUAAAGAACUUGCCCUGAAGAACAAGGUUUUUUCUAUGAGUUUGAAGGGUCGGAGUUCACACCCUUUGAAAGAUAACAAUGAAGUAAUUUAUCGGAUUUAUGCUACGGGAAGUCGGAUUGUUCCACAGAAGUCUCUAUGUCUCCUCUGGAAUCAAGCUGCUGAAAGCUGGCUGUCUGACAGCGAGUUCUGCAAAGUGGUUGAUGACACCUCAGACUAUGUGGAGUGCUCAUGUUCUCAUAUGUCCAUUUACGCAGUUUAUGCCCAAACGGAUAACUUGUCUUCGUACAAUGAGGCUUUUUUCUCUUCUGGAUUCAUCUGCAUUUCAGGUUUCACUUUGGCUAUUAUCUCCCACCUAUUCUGCACCAGAUGCGCAAUGUUUGCAGCUAAACUUCUCACUCACAUGAUGGUUGCUUGUUUGGGUACUCAG